CUGGGACCCUCUCUUGGCCCUCCUUGGGGUCUCCAGGCAGGGCCCAAAGCCCAAGGCCUGGCCAGCCUCAGCAAUGGGCCCCACCCAGGAAGGGGGUGCCAGGAGCUGCCAAGGCCCAGAGGGGCCAGGCCUCCUCCUCUCUCUCCAAGGCAUGCAUUCCCAAGGGCCCCAGUCCUGUGACUGUCCUCCGCUCGGAGCAGGGCUUUCUCUUCCCUGUGGGCAUGCAUGCCCCUCCCCUCCUCCUUGGCAGAGGGGCAGAGACCAUCCCCCGGCGACCCUGACACGUGUCUGCUCCGUCUCGUCGGAAGGGGGGCAGAGGAGGAGGAGGAAGAAGAAGAAGGCGGCGGCCGCUCCUCCUCCUCCUUUUGCUUCUCCUCCUUCGUUCCUUGGGGCGCCAGGAGGAGAUGCCCUUCCUCCCCGGAGGAAGAGGAGGAGGAGGAGGAGGGCCAUGGGCUUGUGCGUGACCAAAGACCUCUUCACAAACACCCAAAAGGACCCCCCCCUGGCCACCCCACAGCCGGACCCUCCUCCUGCCGCCCCUCACGACAUCCAGGAGGCCUCUAACAGCCCCAACCCCACCUCCUCCUCUUCCUCCGGCGGAGGCUAUAAUGUGACAGUCCUGGCGACUUCCUCCCUGGUGGGCCUUGUCCAGAGCAUCAAGGACCACAUCACCAAGCCCACUGCCAUGGCCCAGGGCCGCGUAGCCCACCUCAUUGAGUGGAAGGGCUGGAGUGCCCCCCAGGCGGGCAGGGAGCUCCCCCUGACUGACGAAGAGCUCUAUGCAGACCUGACCGAUGAGCUCAAGGAGGCCCGAUUUGCGGCAGGGGUAGCUGAGCAGUUUGCCAUCAUGGAAGCCACGCUGAGCGCCUGGUCCUCAGUGGACGAAGAGGAGCUGCAUUACUGGGGGGCUUCGCAGGAUGCGGUCCAGCUCCAAGACCUGGAGACCCUCUACCUGCCGGAGCACCUUCUCCUCAGCCCACAAGCCCUGAGCAGCCCCAGCAUUGCCCAGAGCCUCCAGGCCUUCCUUCCCUCCAGCCAGGAGUUCCUGGGGCCAAAAAGACACUCAGUGCUCAGUCCCUGGAGCGACAGCAGUGGCACCGGCAGCCAGGGGGCUGGUUCAGAGCAGACGGUGAUGCCCACGGAAGGGGGGCAGACAGAGGGCACCCCCCGGCCCCUCUGGCUCCGGCGGAGCACCCCUUCCCUCCGCUACGUGGACAGCAGCUCUCUCUCGGAGGACGAUGUCUUCUACAACUAGGGAGGGAUGGAGCUGGGGGGACAGACUGACUGGUGCUUGUGGUUCUUCCUCUGCAUUGUAAGAAAGAGGGGGUGCAUACUGUGUGGCAGCUUCAGCCCUAUGCCCCAAAGACGAGGGAUCAGCCUUGCAUGGGUUGGGGGACAUGGCUGUCUGUGUCUCCAGGAUGACCCCCUUGGCAGGGUUGUUUGGUUCCUUUGCCCUGAGAUGAGGCUCCGGACAUUGACUGUUUCAUGAGGGCACCUGCCCCUCUGCAGGUGCCAACCAUGCUGUCUGGGGUUUUCUGGGCAUUAAGGUCCAAAAAAGUAAAGUUCUCCAGCUCCAGAGAUUGUGGCUGAGAAUUCAGGUGCAGGCUGCGUGAAUCCCUCCCUCCUAACAGUUUGGUAUUGCUGUCCAAUGGCUUGAGGGUUUGCAGGAGAGAUGAGGAGGGGGAAGCGUGGAUGGGGUCCCCCCUUUCUCCUCCUCCAUCUUUCUGCUGGAUUAUCUCUCUUGAGUGCCUCCUUCCAUGUGUACGUUUGUAAAUAAAAGACAACUAUGGUCCAAAAGGUCUCCUGAAGGCACCUGCCCUUCUCUGGAAGAAGAAAACACUGCCUCCCUGCCUGCUCUUCCUUCUUUAUAGCUUCUCCUUCCAGAGGCUGGAGAAGGUCCUUUCCC